AUGCCGGAAAUUGACCAGGACCUCCGUAGCGCCUUGAUCAGAACAAACCUGUUCUUGCUGCAGCGAGAGAUCCGUGAGAAGAACCAUUGGUAUACCUCGCGCCGUGUCGUGGUCCGUAAGCGCAACGGUCGAAUCCACCUCUCACGCCUCGGCUCCCAGUCUCACGGCCACUCGGACGACGACGAGAGCUCCCAGGGCGCCUUCACGUUCGUCGACGAGCCACCUUCCACGCGGUCGUCGAGAACCAAUUCCAGCUCCAGCAGUGGCUCAUCAUCGACCUUCGACUCCUCCCGCCUCUAA